AUGGCCUUAAAAUAUCAAGUUGAACCAGUGACUGGUCAAACAUCUAGCACCGAUAAACCUCAUCUCGUUUUCGGCGCUACUCCUGUAGAUGGCCACACAUACCCUUUGAUCCGCAUCGCAGAAGACCUUAUAUGUCGUGGUUUCGAGAUCACUUUCAUCGGAGGCGAUCAGUUCGAAACCGCUAUCACAAAGAUCGGCGCCAAACAUGUUAGCCUCAGAUCGAUUUUCAAUGCCAAGUUCAUGGCAGGGCGCGAGGUCAUCCCUGCCGGCCUUCCCAGGCUACUAUACGAUAUCAGACAUGUCUUUACUGGCGAGACGCCGUAUCGCUGGGAAGUUCUCAAGCAAGUCCUCGAGGAUAUACGAGCCGAAACCCCAGAGCGUGAGGUGAUUCUCAUGCCUGAGACAUGCUUCAUGGGUGCCAAUCCGAUUUCCCUCGGUGCAACUCUUCCCAAGGGCUACACUACCCCGCCCAAGGUGAUCAAUUUGAAUCCCAUCCCAUACAUGGCUACGAGCAUCGACACUGCUCCUUUCGGCCCUGGUCUUCCUCCUGAUUCGACCGAAUCUGGCCGUGCAAGGAACCAGUUCAUGAAUCAGAUGAUGGUUGGUGGCCCCUUUGCUGAGGUCAUUGCCCACCAGGAAGAGGUUCUGAAGGGACUUGGGGCUACCGAGAUUCUCGAGCCUCAAGUCCCCUUCCAUCACUGGGUGCUCAUGCAUGACUUGACUCUCCAGUUGUGCCCUCCUAGUCUCGAGUAUGAUCGGUCUGAUAUGCCCUCCAACGUCAAGUUUGCUGGAUGCUUGACACCAAAGCCCACCCCUAGCGAUUUUGUUCAUCCUGCUUGGUGGGACGAUGUGAAACGAGGAGACCGUCGCAUUGUUGCCGUAACUCAGGGCACGAUUGCGCAAGACGCAUCCAACCUCAUCAUCCCCACCAUCGAAGCUCUAUCAGAUCGAGACGAUCUCCUUGUCGUGGCUAUUCUUGGCCGAAAGGGCGCUGCUCUUCCCAAGGACAUGGUCAUCCCCUCCAAUACCCGCGUUGUCGACUAUCUUCCUUAUGAUGUUCUCCUGCCUCACGCCUCCGUGUUCGUCAUGAACGCUGGGUAUGGUGGUUUCCUUCACGGUAUAACAAACGGAGUUCCGCUGGUUCUUUCAGGCGAGAGCGAGGAUAAACCUGAGAUUGCCAUGCGUGGAGAAUGGAGCGGCGUCGCAGUCAACUUACGAACAGGACAGCCUACUCCCGAGCUUGUAAGAGAAGGUGUUGACCGGGUUCUCUCAGACGACAGUUUUAAGAAGAGAGUUGAUGAGAUCAAAGCGGAGAAUGAGGCGAUGAAGAUACACGACUUUAUCGAGGAGCAGAUUCUCUCUAUAGGCGAGUUGGAUGCGUAA